GUAUGGAAGGGAGCAAGGCUCGAGGCGGUGGCCAAAUCGGAUCUUCCGAUGCGACCUCGUGCUCGUGUCUGGCUUCCGACCGAACCCUCCACCCCGACCGAAAUUGAAGAGAUAUUGCGGUACUGCAAUCCAUCUUUUCCCACCCAGGACUGGAAGGUGGUUAGGCUGGAGAGGACCGAGGAACCAUAUCGGCAAGCGCUGAUACUCCUAAAUAAGGAGUCCCUCGCUCCUCUCAGCAGUGCAAAGGGGGCCAUAAGCUAUGGCUUCGAGAGGGUCGUCCUCAGGAUUCUCCCAAAUGAAGCCAGGGCUGAUGGCGAGUCACCACCAGCUGAGGUGCAAGAGAGUGGGAGAGCGACCCACUCUAAAAUGGAUAUCGACCCCAUCCUCUCGGAUACGGUGAGCACGGGGGGCGGAUCGUCAGUCGAUGAUGGAUCCGUUUUCAGUCUCGACCGUCUGUUUGAGGCUGCUGGGGUCGAUAGUACGGAUGAAGGUGCGGAUCUCGCACUGCUGGAGAGGAGUUUGGAGGAUGAGGAUCCUCCAAAUUAA